GUAAUCGUAGUAAACGUUGUAAAAAGCGUCGGCAGGACAACAAUGCGGAAUAAGAUUUCGAAUUAACAGUUGGCUCUGAGAAAACUGUGUUAAUUUCUUUAUUGUAUUCUUAUUCAAAUCAACAAAUUGUUUUUUUUUUGUUGUGUGCUUUGAGUCCUGGCAACUGAACAGCAACUAGAAUAACAACAACGAGCAGCGCAGCGCAGAACAAAUACACUUGCAAUAGUUGUUGGUGCGUGAGCUAGCAAAAAGAACCUAUUCAGCAGCAGGCUGCAAAAUCACACCUGAAAGGGCGACAAUUGCGCAGCCAAAGCAACAACAACAACAGCAGCAGCAGGGCCAAGUGUCUGAGGAGGACUUAAGCGAAAUGGAACGACGCUACCUGAAGAAUCCGUUCGCCGACUUUGCAGGCGGCGAAAAUACGCCAUUUGCCAGCGAUGACGAGCACAUCAAGACCUUGAUCUGCACCUAUGUGGACGCCAUACUGGAGCACUGUCAUCCCAACAGCGACGAGGAGGACAAUCGUGGGGAUCUGUAUGUGGGCAACGCUGGCAUUGCGUACAUGUUCUGGAAACUGCAGAGUUCUGAACAGACUCGUGAUCUCUAUCCGGCCCUCGAGCAUGCCGCCGCCUUUAUACGCAAUGCCAAAUCGAAUGCCAAACGCUAUAAGAAACGUUCCGCCGAACGCUAUUCGUUUCUCUGCGGCAAUGCUGGCAUCUAUGCGGUGUCCGCAGCCAUUUCGCAGGCGGCCAAGGACACCGAGGAGCUGUCCAAUGACCUGGCCAACUUCAAGUCUGGCAUACCCUCGAGCAAGGAGUUCAUGCACACCAAAUACGGUUGCGAUGAGGUUCUGGUGGGACGUGCUGGCUAUUUGUCCGGCUGCUAUUGGCUCAACGAUGUGCUGCCCGAGAAGAAGAUCACCGAUGAUGAUCUCGUCUCCAUUUGCCAGCUAAUCAUCACCAGUGGACGCGAAUACAGCAAGAUAAACAACUCACCGUUGCCGCUAAUGUACCAAUAUCAUGGCACCGAGUACUUAGGUGCUGCCCACGGACUCUGCUCCAUACUCCACAUGCUGUUGGACAGUCCCUGGUUUCGCACCGUUCCCAUAUCGGCGCCCGCUGCCGAGUUGCGUGAUAUUAAGCGAUCCAUCGACUAUUUUCUGGAGCUGCAGGAUAGCGAGGGCAAUUUCCCCGUGGCUCUGGAGGAUUUACGUUCGGGUCGUGAUAAGCGUUUGGUGCACUGGUGUCAUGGCGCUCCUGGCGCUGUCUAUGUGAUGGCCAAGGCCUAUUUGAUCUUCAAGGAGGACAAGUAUUUGAUUGCCUUGCGUCGUGCCGCCGACUUGGUCUGGAAAAAGGGAUUUCUGCGCAAGGGGCCGGGCAUCUGUCAUGGCGUUGCUGGCAACGGUUAUGUCUUUCUGCUGCUCUUUCGCCUGACUAACGAAAUGAAGUACCUGUAUCGGGCGCACAAAUUCAUGGAGCUGCUAACGAACUCGGAGUUCAAGCAGCGCGCUCGCGUUCCGGAUCGUCCGCAUAGUUUGUAUGAGGGCGUCGCCGGCACCGUUUGCUUUCUGGUUGAUCUACUCGAACCGGAGCAGGCGCACUUUCCCUUUAUGGAUGUUUUCCACUAAAUGGGGAAGAGAUGUCCUGCAUCCAAUUAUCCCCCUCCCCCCCCACACACACACACAUCCAUUCAAAUCACACACCUCAAAAGAAAUCAGGGAGUUCGCAUUCGAUUUUCUAGUCAUACUCAUAAUUUAUGUUACUUUUUUGAUUUAGUUUUUAAGUUGGUUCUCUUGUUGACCAACAAAAGAUCUCAGCGCCCCAUUCCCACUCAUCAUCAAUCAUCACCCAAGCCUCUCUUUAAUCACAAUUGUGUGCGUGGCGCCAAUCAAACCGAACGCAGAAUGUUGAUGAUCAUUCUCAUAUCAAAAUUCUCUGUGCUUUAAGCUAAGCAAUUAAAUAAUAAUAAUUAUAAUAAUAUGCAUAAUAUUCAUAUAUAUAUAUAUAUAUAUACAAUACAAUAUACAAUAUAUAUUUAUAUACAAUACUUACGGAUACACACAAACAUCUAUAUAUAUAUAAAUAUACUGUGCUUUAUACCUUACGAGUAAACUCCAUUAAGAGCUCCAAAAUUCGAUUGUCAA